CGUCUGAGUUCCCUGCGGGGGAAGCACGCAGGAUCUGCCUUUGGGCAGAUCUGGAAUCCAGUCCUGGUUCCCUCCCCCUCUCGCCACGCCACCCUGGGCUAGUCAGCCUCACAUUUUCCUCAUCUGCAAAAUGCACGGAUGAUAGCCCCCAGGCUGCCACAUACCGUUGAGCGGUUGGUUCACCGAAAAAGACACAGCCAAGGGAGUUAGUGAGGGGCCGAGAUGGAGCCUGAGAUCUGCUUGCAAAUGUGGGCCUUCUGUGCAAGGCCGUGUCCGCCUCGGAGGAGGGGUACCUUCCUUUCGUUCAGACAGAGAUGCCGUAUGGUGUCCUCGAUAGCUUCCAUGUUAUUAGUGGCCUUGCGGGGUCAGCAAAAUGGCACACAGGCUUUGCCUACAGCACAGGCUCAGAAGGGGCAUGUUGAGUUCUUCUCGGGCUUUCCCCCCACCUGGCCCACCAUCUCCCCCCUCUCUCCAGGGCUCAGCCUCUUGUUGCUGUCCUUGCUCCUGGCUCGUGCUGGUGUUUGGGGAUUCCCGAGGCCGCCAGGGAGGCCCCCCCUGAGCCUGCAGGAGCUGCGGAGGGAGUUCAAGGUCAGCCUGCACCUCGCCAGGAAGCUGUUCUCCGAGGUUCGGACCCAGGCCCACCGCUUUGUGAGUCUCUCUCUGAUGCAGCUGGCUUUGGGGACGGGCGAAUCCCCAAUCCCUCUGGCCCCCCCACUAACAGAUCUUGCCCCACAGGCUGAAUCUCACCUGCCAGGAGUGAGCCUGGACCUCCUGCCCCUGGGAGAUCGGCUCCCCAAUGUCUCCCUGACUUUCCAGGCCUGGCACAGCCUCUCUGACCCAGAACGACUCUGCUUCCUCUUCAUGACACUUCGCCCCUUCCAUGCCCUGUUGGGAAGCCUGGGAAGCCAGGGGGGCUGGACGAGCUCAGAGAAGAUAGAGCUAUGGACCAUGAGGUUGGACCUCCGGGAUUUGCAGCGGCAUCUCCACUUCCAGGUGCUGGCUGCGGGACUCAACCUCCCCGAGGAGGAAGAUGACGAGGAGAGGAAGGAGCCGCUCCCAGCUCCGAGUGGCCUCUCACGGGUGUUAGGGCAGCCGUCCUGGCCCCAGCUCCUCUAUACCUACCAGCUGCUGCACUCCUUGGAGCUCGUCUUAGCUCGGGCCGUCAGGGACUUGCUCUUACUCUCCCAAGCCGGAAACCCAGCCCCAGCCUCGGGGUCCUCAUUCGGCUCCCGGCCCUGAUGGGGUGACCGCUCAGCCCCUUCCCUUCGCCCUUCAUUCAGUUCGGGCCAACGGGACAGCCUCCAGCUCGUCUGCCUUAAACAGGGCAGGACUCCACCGGCCUCCCACCCCAACCCCCACCCAAUAACUUAAGGCCCCUCCAGGCCCUGCCGGAUAUUUAUUUCUUGGAUAUUUAUUUAUUGUUUAGGAAAAUGAUGGUUUAUUUAUUGUUUCAGAGCCGGCUAGUUGUCCCCGGGCUAGGCCACCGUGCGGGGUGCCGAAUAAAGCACUGUCAUCCUCUCUCAGCCUCAGCUUCUUUUCCCA